GGCUGGCGGGGACAGAGGCUGAAGAAUCUGGUCUGGGAGACACGCGACAGGAACCCGGCGCCAAGCGCGGUGGCAGGACGAACCCGAGCGAGACUCUCCGGCCCGGGAAAGUGCCCCCACUCCCGAGCCCCAGGACUAUCCCGGCGUCCCAGCCCAGCUCGCAUCUGAGCGGAGGAAGGGGUGUCAGGAUGCCGGUGGCCCAAGUGCCCUUCCCAGAAGGAGGAGCCCAUUCUCAACACCCUAGCCGGUGUCUGGCUUGGAUCACUAUUGCAGCCUGAGCCGCAGGCUUUCUUUGCCCGGGAAAUGGACGUUCCCAGGGCGCCCUCUGGUGGAUUCUGGAGCUAACCGAUCGUGAGUUCCAAGUGAUGGCGACGGUUCUCACGCUGCACCCCAGACCCUACACCUCCAACGAGACCCUGCACAAACAUUACAGCUAUGUAGGCAAGCUGAAGGACAGGCUGAAGGACGCCCCCGAGGGCAGCACGCUCACCACCAUUGUUUUCUUGAUCAUCUGCAGCUUCAUUGUCUUGGAGAACCUGAUGGUUUUGAUCGCCAUCUGGAAAAACAAUAAAUUUCACAACCGCAUGUACUUUUUCAUUGGCAACCUGGCUCUCUGCGACCUGCUGGCCGGCAUAGCCUACAAGGUCAACAUUCUGAUGUCAGGCAAGAGGACUCUGAGCCUGUCUCUGACGGUCUGGUUCCUACGGGAAGGCAGCAUGUUCGUGGCCCUCGGGGCGUCCACCUGUAGCCUACUGGCCAUUGCUAUCGAGCGGCACUUGACCAUGAUCAAAAUGAGACCUUACGAUGCCAACAAGAAGCACCGCGUCUUUCUCCUGAUCGGGAUGUGCUGGCUGAUCGCGUUCUCGCUGGGCGCCUUACCCAUCCUGGGCUGGAACUGCCUGCACAACCUCCCUGACUGCUCCACCAUCCUGCCCCUCUACUCCAAGAAGUACAUCGCGUUCUGCGUCAGCAUCUUCACGGCCAUCCUGGUGACCAUCGUGAUCCUGUACACACGCAUCUACUUCCUGGUGAAGUCCAGCAGCCGCAGGGUGGCCAGCCCUCACAACUCAGAGCGGUCCAUGGCCCUGCUGCGGACCGUGGUGAUCGUGGUGAGCGUCUUCAUCGCCUGCUGGUCCCCACUCUUCAUCCUCUUCCUCGUGGAUGUGGCCUGCAAGGUGAAGGAGUGUGCCAUCCUGUUCAAGGCCCAGUGGUUCAUUGUGCUGGCCGUGCUCAACUCCGCCAUGAACCCGGUCAUCUACACGCUGGCCAGCAAGGAGAUGCGGCGGGCCUUCUUCCGGCUGGUCUGCACCUGCCUGGUCAGGGGCCAGGGUGCCCUCUCCUCACCCAUCCAGCCUGCUCUCGACCCAAGCAGAAGCAAAUCCAGCGGCAGCAACAACAGCAGCCCCUCCCCAAAGAGCAAGGAAGACCUCCCCCAAACAGCUGCCUCGCCCUGCAUAACAGACAGAAACAAAACCCUGCAGAAUGGGAUCCUCUGCAAGUGAGGACGCCGGGCUCCAGGAACGUGGGGUCCUUGCAUCUCCAUGGAACGAGCAGCAGCUAACCCUGCAGCCACAUUCUUAUUGAUUGCACGCCUCACCCACGGCAGCUGUUCCAGAGCUAGGACUCAGGAAACCUAUUCUGCCAACAGCCUGCCUGUUGUGGACAUCUCUUAAGGAGGGAACCCAAGGAAUUGCCAACCCAUUUCAGUGUAGACAGCAUGCCUUUUCCGUUUAGGCUCCAGGCUCUUACAAAUGUACCAAGCUGCCGAUGUCAUCAGUGCCUUACCUUGAAUCCCACCGACCACUGUCUGCUGUGCCUAGAGAGGGAAGGUCGUGGACCACAGUGUACAGUGUGUCUCCCAGAACAUCAGGAUGAUGUUUGGUAACUUUACACUACACUCUGCACAGGAUAGAUGCUGUAUAUUCGUCAUUUCUGUGUUACAGAGCACUUGCGUUUCAUACGUCUGCCAUUGGUACAUGCAUAAGUCGCAGUACGUGAUACUGUUACGUAACAGGAAGUACAGGUAUGUUCUGACUGAAGCACCAGGUAUGAGGAUAUGGCUGGGUACUAGGUGGACGCACUGGUCCCAGUCUCCUCAGACUGACAUGAAGUCUCAAGUUAAGCAGGUUUUGAAAGCCCAAAUCCCCCCAAAGGGCUUGUCCAAGGCUGGUCUCAGAUGUGUGGGUCUGACUCCAAACUGUCCUGAGACAUACACUUGACAGCGUCUGGAGUAUCCUGGUGAGAAUGAGCAAGUUCUGUGGGCGUACAUCCCCCAAGGGGACCCCUGCUUCUCUUCUGUCAUUUGUCCCUGCAGUCUUAAGCACAUCUAAAAGCCAAGUUAGCCAAAUUACGUGAUUGUUUGGCAUUUCUCCAAAUCACAGAAAAGCCAGCCAAUGUAUUCCAGGAGCCUGUGCCCCAGACCAA